CGUGUCCCAGACCGUUCACACUCUUCUCUUUCCCCCUCUGGCCCGUGGUCCUGAAGGUGAAAACUUCAGAAGAUGGAGGCGUGUCCAGAGAGCAGCACCCAGCCCGGAGUUCCCAACGUGGACCUGACCGAGGACCUGGCCAAGCAGCUGGAGGACAUCAUCAGCACCUACCAGGCCGACGACGUCCCCGCAGAGCCCGACGACCCGGACCGGGCGCAACCCAGCAAGGACGGCCGGCGGGACCAGAAACUGGAGAAGAAGAUGCUGAAAAACCUGGGUAGGUUCCGACCCGGUGGAGAAGUUUGCGCUGGAUCCAAAGUGGAGGUCCUCUUCAAAUGUGUCGCCCGCUCAGGGAAGGACGCCACGCUGCUCAUGCAGAGCCUCAACAAGCUGGACACGCCCGAGAAGAAGCUGGAAGCUUCCAUCAAGAAACACGCCGAGCUGCUGGAGGAGCACAGGAGCGACCACAAGCAGCUGAAGGUCCUGCAGAAGAAGCUGCUGCAGACCAUGAAGGAGAAGGACCAGCUCCAGAGCGAGCACAGCCGGGCCGUGUUGGCUCGCAGCAAACUGGAGGGAUUGUGUCGAGAACUGCAGAGGCACAACAAGACCUUGAAGGAGGAGACGCUGCAGAGGUGCCGGGAGGACGACCUGAAGCGGAAGGAGAUCACCACACACUUCCAGGGCACGCUGGGCGACAUCCAGGCUCAGAUCGAGGAGCACAGCAGCAGGAACACCAAACUCUGCGAGGAGAACAGCGCCCUGGCCGACAAGCUGAAGGGCCUCAUUACUCAGUACGACCAGCGGGAGGCGAACCUGGAGAAGGUGUUCAAGCACCGAGACCUGAAGGAGAAGCUGCUGGACACCAAACUGGCGCAGGCCAACUUGCUGCUGAAGGAGGCGCAGGAGAAGCACAAGCUGGAGAAGGAGCUGCUGCUGCAACACGCCGCCCAGUGGAAGUCCCAGGUGAAGCUGCUGAAGGAGCAAGAAGCCGACAUGAAGGCGCAGCUGCAGUUGUACUCGCAGAAGUUGGAUGAGUUCCAGGGCAGUGUGUCCAAGAGCAACAGCAUCUACAGCAGCUUCAAGCAGGACAUGGAUAAAAUGGCCAAGAAGAUGAGGAAGCUGGAGAAGGAGAGUCAGUCGUGGAAGAGUCGCUUUGACGGCUGCAACAAGAGUCUGUUCGACAUGGUGGCCGACAAAGCGGUGAGGGACAAGGAGCUGGAGCUGCUUACCACCAAGAACCAGAAGCUGGAGAGUCUUUGCAGAGCUCUGCAAGGGGAGAGGAAGAGCCUGAGUGAGAAGGUCCAAGCAGCUGAAGUCCAAGCAGGCGAGGCCGAGGCCACAGAGAAGGAGGCCGCCAAGGAGGACCACCAUCAGGAGCCAGAGACCACAACCUUGGCGACGCCUCUGAGCCAGGAACUGGCGAAGCUGAAAACUGAACAGGCUCUGCUGAAGGAGCUGGCCGGCUCCUUCAUGGUCUCCCACGCGGUCACCACGGACCAGCAGUCUCCAGGACCUUCCGACGCCACCCAGGACCACGUGGAGAACCGCACAGAGAUCAGCGACAGCGAACCUCUCCGGAACAAUGGACCUCAAGAAGAACUGGAGUCUGUUGAUUGAAAACAAAGCUUUUUUACGUGUUAAUAAACGCUUCC